AUGAUCAAAGGUUAUUAGAUCGUCCCUUAUUCAUCUUUAUUUAUUGAUAUGUAAUAUAGACAUUUAUUUAAUACUUUAUAAACAUACUUAAAGCCUCUUGAUUAAAAUAAAUAUUUAAGAAAGUAAUGUUGUGCUAGAAGUUCUAUAUUACAUAUUGAAGAAAUUUGGUUAAGAAGAUUAAAAAAUUAAAAAUUAUAAUCACUUUAUGUGUUAGUGCUUCUACAGAUUUAGUUUUACAAGUAAACUUAAUUUUAGUAUCAAGGCAAUAAAUUUGUCACUAGGAUCUGAGGUUAUUAUAACAGGAAUUUAUAUUCCAAACAUGAUAUAAAUAAUUCGAUUAAAUAUAAUAAUACCUGUAGAAGUAAUGCACAUCAGUUUAAUUUAAACAAUUUUCUAAAGAAAAAGUAUCAGUUUUCUACAUAUAAAACCAGAGGAAUAAUGAUUUCAUAAGUUUUUUGAGAAAAUUUGAUACUUCAGAAAUUAUUGAUUAGGUAAAAUCGAAAGGAUUGUUUAUUAUGUGGAAGAUGAAGCUUAGAGUUUUGUAGUUCCUAAUUCAAAAUGUAUAAAAUUAUUAAAAUCAAUAGUAAAUCCAAAUGUUGAUUUUUCUACUUUUUUUUGUUGGUUUAUUAAAACUUGUUCCUUUUUUGGUGGAUCUAUAAGUGUAUAUUAGAAAUAAUGAAGUUUAUUUAAAAAAUGAAAGCCUUGUAAGAAUCAUAUCCAAAAGGGUCUCAAAGAAAGUAAAAUUUAUAUAAAGUUCUAGUUAUAUUAAAAAGACUUUAAUAAAUUUAAUACCUAUGAAAUUGUUAAAUAUUAGAAAAAUAAAUAGAAGUUCAAGAUGGGUCUUUAUUAAUAUUUUUCCAAAUUAAAACUAUAAAGAAUUUGUUGUAAAUAGCAUAAAUGGUUUUCAAAAGAAUGA